AUGUCCGUCCUCACUCGACCCACCAUCGUCGUUGUCGGGGGCCUGUUUGCCGGGGUAUCGGUGGUGAAACAGGUGUUCCAGCAACUGUCGCCCGCCCGAGUGAUCCUAGUGUCGCCGCUGCAACAGACUUAUAACAACACGCUGGCUCCCAGGCUUCUUGUACGCCCGGAGCUCGCCCCACAGGCGUUGGUCGACCUCACUCGCCUCGACCGCCGCAAGGGCGACCACGACUUCAACUUGGUCAUCGGCAAGGCGACGAGCCUCGACGUCAAUCUGUCAAAACUCCACCUCUCCAACCGGGCCGAUCCGAUCAGCUACGACUUCUGCGUGGUGGCGACGGGGCAGCGCAGCGGCAACGCCGCUUUUAAGGCCAACGGCGACGUCACCAGGCUGGUGGAGUCGAUCAAAGAGAUGAACGACGCCAUCAAAAGCGCCCGCCGCAUCUGUGUCGUCGGCGGCGGCUCCACCGGGUGCGAAGUGAGUGGCGAGAUCACGCUGACAUAUCCGGAAAAGCUGGUGACGUUGGUCACCGGCGACAAGUUGGGUCCGCUCUCGAUGUUUGGCGCCAAAAUUGCUCGGGCCGCCGAGAAGCGGUUAGCCGGCUUAGGGGUCGAUGUCGUCAACAAGUUGGCCAAAGUCGACGGCAACCGCGUCACCUACGACGGCGAGGUGAAGCCCCACGUGUUUGAUUUGGUGAUCCCGACGUUUGGCUAUACCCCCAACACCGACUUUGUGCCGAAGCAGUACUUGGACCGGCGCGGCUACAUCGUCGUCGACGACCAUUUCAAAGUCAAGGGCACCGACACCGUGUUUGCCAUUGGCGACUGUGCCCUGUUGACGUCAAAGCUGGCCGCCGACGUCAACAUGGUCCAGCUGCUGGUGAUGUUGAACACGAUCCGGCGCGAGAUGUUUGGCGAGAACAUCCCCGCCAAGGCGUACAAGCCGACGCCGCCCACCAGUCUUGUACCCAUCGGACCCAACGGCGGCGUCGGCGUACUCUGGGGGUAUAAGCUCCCCAGUUUCGCCGUGUGGUUCACCAAGGCGCGAGACUUCACCAUUCCCGAAUCCAAGGAUUUAUUAAGUUAG